AAGAGGAAAGAAAUAAUAUAAUUUAUUAUUAUUAUUUUUUUUUUUUUUUGUAAUUUAUUUAUAACUCGCGUGAACGCGUGGUGUGGUUUUUAUGCGAUGGACGAAGAUUACAUCGACGAAUUUUCAUACAAUGGACGUAAGUUCAUUAAUACCAGCUGGAUUACAAACUGGACAGCAUAAUUUACCGGAAACACCAUUACCCGGUUAUAAUAAAUUUUCGGAAAAUUUACGAAAAUUUACACCACAGGCAAUACAGUGUGCAAUUUUUUGCGGUGGAUCCAGAUGCAAGUAUGAAAAUCCAAAAGCAUGGCCACCGGUUCAUAUGGCGAUACAAAACAUCUUUUCGCACUGGGUGACAGACGACGUUUUAGCCAUGGCACGGCCAAGUACUAACCAAAUAAUCGAAAAAAACAUAAUUGGCCAAUUUCAAAGGUGGAGUAUAAAGACCAUAAUAAACUUACAAACGCCAGGUGAACAUGCAAGUUGUGGGGGAUCUCUUGAAAAGAGUGGCUUCACUUACGAUCCUAAUAUCUUUAUGAAAAACAACAUUUAUUAUUACAAUUUUGCACUAAAGGAUUAUGGAGAAGCAACGAUGGGAAAACUUUUGGACAUGGUCAAGGUCGUAGCCUUUGCCGUGCAAGAAGGAAGAGUGGCAAUUCACUGUCAUGCUGGCUUAGGUAGAACAGGUGUUUUGAUCGCAUGUUAUUUAAUUUAUAAUCUACGAGUUAGAGCAAACGAUGCCAUAAGAUUUGUUCGUAUAAAACGACCAUGUGCUAUUCAAACACGAGGACAAAUCAUUUGUGUUCAAGAAUUUGAACAUUUUGUAUUACCACAAAUGAUAGUUUAUCCAUUGAACAGUACGAUUGGUGAUAAAAAACCAUGUAGCCUUCAAUCGUAUCUAAAACGACAGAAUAAUGUUUUACAUGGUUACGAACAACGUACAUUUAAACAUAUACCUAAGAUUGUUUUUAUUAUCUGUGAACGUAUUCUACAGUUGUGCGAUUGUCAAGAAGAUAAUUCACCAUGUGAAAUUGAAUAUAAAGUUUCGAGUACACCAUUUACAAGAAAAUUUAUUUCACACGUAUUAGAAAAAUUGCGAGAUAAUGGUGGAGGAAAUAUCAGGCAUUCUUAUUCGUGGACAGAAUCCCUUGCUGAUUCAUCACUCGAUUAUUCAACUUCAACAAAAGCAAGAGCAGGUAGCAGUGAAGGAUCAUCACGUGACACUGCAGAUGAUAUUGGAAGAUUGAGCGACGUGUUUUGUACCUCACCUGACACACCGUCUUGUGAUUCAGCUUAUACUGGUUUGGACGAUAGUUGCGUCGACGAUGUUUUGGCUGAUGGAAUUCAUGGACAGGAUCUUAUUGAUAACAAUUGUUACAAAGAAAUACAAUCACAAAUCGAUUUAAAGGUUGCAGCUAGCAAAGAAAUCUUUCGAAAGAUUAAUAUUGAUGAAGUUGUUAAAGCUUUGAUCAAAGAUUCGUCUAAUUUGUCAGAUAAAACAACAAAAUGUUUAUUACAAUAUCAGGUGGAUUUAAACAAUCGAUGUACAGCAUGGCAACGUUUAGAACUCGAAACAGAUCUCGAUGUUCUUUUUGGUUUACUUUUUGAAUGGUUGGAAACAUUGAAAAAUCCAAUUUUAGAUUUGGAUAGUUUAAGUUACAUCGUAGUUUGGAGUUCAAAACCGGAAAGGUGUUUUGAAAAGAUAACCAGUUCGAGCAGAUAUCUUUUGGAAUAUAUUUUAAGAUUCGUUUCUCGGUUAAGACCAUUGACAGGAGAAAGUCAAAGUCUCGUGACGAGAAGAUUCGUUGCUGCCAUGACCCAGCAAACUGUUUGGAUAAAAGAUUCUUUUCGGCCUUUGAAUAAAAAUUUUCCCAAGUUACGACGUGGCACUGCUGGUAAGAUAAAUGAAUUUUUAAUACGUGCGAUGAACUUGAUAGAAGAAAUGAAUACCCAAGAAAUGAGUAGACCAUCGUGGAUCUCCAAAUGGGAAUUAGUAUCGAGACAAUUAAAUAAAUUGGAUGAGGGUGGUGAAUAAGAGAAAUGAGAAAGGAAAGUUGAAAAUUAUUUUAUAUUCGAAUAACGUUAUAACAGAAGAAAUACUUGUCGAUGAUUAUUUUCUUAAUGUAAUUUAUUAAUCCUUACAUUUAAGACAAAG